AUGGCUGCUUUCUCUCCAAAAUCUACUCCUUACAAUGUUCGUUCUAUUAGUUUUCCAGCUCGAUCACAUCCUAGUGUAGCCAAACUUGAACAAGAAUUGAACAAGAUUAGUUCUUGGGAGGCACCAACUUCAUUGAAGGCAGAUAAAUUUCUCUGUCGCCUAUCGAGCCUUGGAGAGAUAUACAAAUGCGUUGAGGUUCUUCUCAAUUUGCCAAUGACCCAACAAGCUCUAUUGCAACAUCAAGAUGAGAAAUUAGUGAAUGACAUGUUGGAUGGUUUGAUGAGGUACUUGGAUGUAUGUGGAAAGACAAGGGAUGCUAUUGUCUUGAUGAAAGAAAGUGUCCGAGAGCUUCAAUCUGCUCUUCGUGGAAGUAAGGCUGGUGGUGAGUUGAGCAUUGAAAGUAAUGUCAAAGCUUACUUUUGCGCAAGAAAGAAGCUAAAAAAGGAAGUAGAAAAAUCUCUCGCAUCACUGAAGCAAGCAGAUAACAUUUUCGGAGACUCUCCUCUGUUCAAUGCAACGCAUCAUCACCUUUCUGCAAUUGUUAGAGUGCUUGGAGAAGCAAGUUUGAUCACAGUCUCAACAUUUAGCUCAUUCUUGUUAUUCCUUUCUGUGCCAGUGCUGAAACCAAGGCCUAGUAAAUGGUCCUUGGUUUCAAAAUUGGUGCACAAAGGGGUGGUAGCAUGUGAAGGCCAACAGGAGAACCUGAAUGAAUUGGAAAGUGUGGAUGCUGCUCUUGCAAGCUUAUUGGUACCCAACUCAAGCAAGGAUUUUAAGGCACAGGAUCACAUACAAUCUGCUCAGAAGAGGCUGGAGAUUUUGGAUAAUAGUAUUGAAGAAAUUGAAAAUGAGUUGGAUAGCUUGUUUAGGCCUUUAAUCCAUGCUCGAGUCUCCCUCCUGAAUAUACUCUCAUUAGAGUGA